GACUGAGGAGGGAAUUUUAUACACAAAACCGGCUAAGCAACUUUGUUCAACGGUCGCGCGCAACAGCGCGCUUGCUUAUCGUGCGUUUAUAGCCCCACCUUUGUUACAAUAUAUAUUUUAGUUUUUUUGUUGUGAGAAAAUUAUGAUUUUUUUAAAUAUUAUUAAUAUUUUUGAUACUUUACCAUAACUGCAGUCAGUUCACCGCGAAGUGAUCAUGUACUACAUUAGAAAAUGUUUGUGUACCUGUGCCGUGUUUAGAUAAUGUUGGAAAACAGAGAGGACAUGAACCAUAGAGUAGCAAAAUGAGUUACAAAGAAAUGGGGGUUCAGAAGAGACAUAGUCAGUUCAGUGAUACAAAAUACAAGUGGAGGACUGUGGUUUUACUCGGAUGUUUCGUGUGCUGUGUUGGUCAGGAGGUAAGGAUAGGAGACACGGAUCCCUACAUGCUGAACAAGUCCUCCGGCCUCACGGAGUUGUCGGGCGGAGUUUUAGCGGGAGGGAAAACAGUUUGGAAGGCGGAUGGAAGUCCGUACCUGUUGCGAGAUGACUUGCUGGUGGAGAGGGAAGCUGAGCUGGUGGUGGAACCAGGCGUUGAGGUCAAAUUCGCGCCUAUGAUAGGAAUCACCGUUCGAGGAAGACUCGUUGCAGUGGGCGACAAAGACAGAAGUAUAACGUUCACGAGCACCGAAGAACCUGAGACGAAAACAAAGCAAUGGCCGAACAUUCGUCUCGUGGAUGGGCCGUCGAUACUGUCGGGGAGGGUUCAACUUCUACACAAGGGACAGUGGAGAUCCGUUUGCACGAACUCCAGAAACUGGACUAUCAACGACAUGGAAUCAGCGUGUAGACAAUUAGGCUUCAUGGGCGGAAAAUUUUACAACUGGAUGGAUCGACAGCCCGGUCGACGAGCACGCCUCUUAUUCGAGGAACCCAAGUGUAAAGGCACGGAAUACGACCUCUUUCAGUGCGACUGGAAUUCGAGACAACUCGGCUCAGGUGUAUGCGACUACCAUCCGGAUUUAGGUAUCGAAUGUCAACCGCACCACGACAACAAUGAGCUUAGAGACUCGGGAACGCACUGGAGGGGUAUUAGAUUUGAAAACGCCGUCUACGAACGAAUACUCACCGCCUCUAAUACUCUCUACGUACCUACCUCUAUGUCCAGCUUGGUCCAUGUAAAUAUUAAAAAUGCGGGACUAGGAAGAGACAACAAUGCCACGAGUGCUUUAGACGUUAUUGGAGUACCCCCUGGAAUGCACAAUAUAGAAGUAUCGAAUUCAGCAUUCAAUGCGAUUAAUGUUACCUCACCGAAUGCACCUAUAGUUAUUAAUAAUUGCACGAUUCACAACAAUAGAGGAUAUGGCGUUUAUGUAAAUUCAACGUAUGGAAUGACAAAGAUUGAGAAUUGCUUGAUUCAUGACAAUGGCGCUGACGGGGUCAAAUACGUGGUGCACGAAAUGAAUAUCGAUGAGCGCUUCGAUCGCAGUGAAAUAUUUGAUUUGUGCACUUUAGCUUCUACACCUAGUCAGACAUUCCCUAUACAAAUGUCAAUUGAACAGUCACGAUAUUCGAAUAUGGCGCGAGACUGCAAUCAAAAGUUUUAUACUCGCCCGGACCAUGUUCUAACGCUGAGUUUUAUAAAAAUUAUGACAAAUAAUAACGAUACCGGAGAAAUCUUUAUAUAUGACGGCCUAUCCACUGAAGAUAAACUUUUGAUGUCUUUUAGUAUUAAAAACAACACCCGGCCACAAAGUGUUACCUCCACUAGAAACAGAAUGCAAGUUAGAUUUCAUGCAAAUACGAGAACCGAUAUAAUUGGUUUUCUGAGGCUGACUUCUGGGCCCAGUAAAACAUAUGAUUUAAAUAUAACCGAUACUAUUAUCUCUGAUAAUAACGGUAGAGGUGUAGCUAUAGAAAACUUAAGAUCACAAGUUCAUAUUCACCGAACCUCAAUAUCCAAUAACAAUCACGUGGCUGGUCUGCAAGUUGUCAGUGGUGCUGGAGAUAUCAAUAUAACAGAGAGCAGAAUCUCGUUUAAUCAGGGGGAUGGCAUCAACAUUACAGUCACCGGAGGUAAUAGAAAUAUUUCAAGAAGCACUUUAAGCUCGAACCAAGGAUAUGGUAUCGCUAUAUGGUUAAACACUACAGAAGAAACGGAAUAUAUUCCCGUUAAUCAAACGACAUCCGUGGAAUAUUCGGAAAUAUUCAAGAACAUUGAUGUUGGCAUUCUUCAUGGAAACUAUUGUGGCGAUAGCUGGGUGAAUAUAACCGGUAACUGGUUCAACUCCAGCAUGGAGAGCACAAUAGAAAUAUCGACUUGUUGGCGGUACAAUAAUCCGAAUAAAGUUCUUAAUUUACAAGUCGGACACAAUAGAUUUUACCAAAAUCGUCGGAUUCCGUUAAAAAUUCAACCCGCUUUAAAUGUAAUGGGACGGAUCGAAUAUAAUUAUUUUGAACAUGGCGAUUACGGAGCCAUAGCAAUCCUAAACAGAGUAGAAGGUAAAUAUUUUGAAGAAUUUGAGAUACUACCAGCAAUAUUUUCCAUACAACAUAAUUACUUUUAUGGUAAUAGGGGCCCAUUUGUGGUUAAUCUUGGUUUGUCGCCAUAUAGCGAUACACAGUAUAUUUUAUUUUCAAGAAACUUUUUAAGAGAUAAUAAAAUUAGAGAACCAUUCGAGCCUUUAGAAGGAUUGUCAUCUAGACUGACUCCGAGAAGUCGGGUUGCUGCUACUAUAGUGCUGGCUUCUAGUAACAUUGAUGUUUUUAGAAAUAUAAUAAAUAAUCCAGAAGCCCAAUAUGAAAUUGGGUCCCAUGUCGAAGACCAAAGCAAAACACUUAACUGCACGUACAAUUGGCUGGGAUUUGGCGAAGAAGAAAAAGUUUACAAACGUUUGUUUCACAGAAAAGAUCGAUAUAAUUUGGCAAAAAUUGUGUACAUGCCAUACUUAUUACAUAGCAGUAAUCCUGGAGCCACGCAAGUUAAUUAUAAUUCUCUAUAUGUGCCUCAAUUUAAUGUUCCUGGAACCUUUACUGUUGGAGGUGAAGUAGAGGGAGUAGAAAUGUUAAGAUCUGGUGAAUAUGACGUUGAUAAAGACAUCAAUAUAAGACCUGGAGGAAAACUAAUUUUACAAUCAGGAGUUAUUCUAAAGUUCCCACCGGCUAUCGGUAUGAUGGUAGCUGGUAAAUUAGAAGCGCGAGGUAAGCGCCCUAAUGAUAUUAUGUUUACACUCAAAGAUGAAAUCGUAAUGUCUAAUGACAGUAUUUAUGAGACUGAUAUAGAAAUAGAACCCACUACUCCUGGUUACACAGAGCCAAUUGUGCCAAUUCGUUUACUGGGUGGCAGAACACCACAUGAAGGAAGAUUACAAGUAAGAAUAGACGGGCAAUGGGGAACUAUCUGUAAUUACAGAUGGAAUAUUAUAAAUGCUGCAUUAGUUUGUAAUCAACUGGGACUAGCUCUUAAUCCAGAUGAUUGGUUUUUGGAACCCAAUGAAAUUCCUAGCGCUGGAAAGACCGAGGAUGUUUUACUUUCAAACGUUGAAUGUACUGAGUUUGAUAAUGACAUAACUAAAUGUAAAGCGGAAACAGUAGAUAACUUUGAAAACUCGUGUACACAUGAUAAUGAUGUAGGCAUAAGGUGCUAUGAUACUAGUUGGGCUGGUGUGAGAUUCAGUGUGAUAGCAGAAAGGACUGAUUUACAAUACCUAAGUAUUGACAAAGCUGGAUUACUAGAUUAUUCAUCAAAUUUAUUUAAGCCUGCUCUACAAAUAGAUUUUGCAAGACAUAGCCUUGAAAGUGUUCGAAUAAUAAAUAACUAUCACGAUGGAUUGGGAAUUCUUUACUCCGAUUUGUAUGGGGCUGAUGCAAUAAAUACUGUAAGAAAUUCAGAAUUUAGUAACAAUAAAGGAAGUGGCAUAAGUUUCAAACAAUUGGGUCUAAAAGUGUACAGCUCUAUAAUAGAGAAUAAUUAUGCUGGAAUCUCUCAUAAUCCACAUAUUACUGGUCCGCAGCAACGAGAAAUAGCAGGAUGGUUUAAAUUAGAUGCUGGCUUUAAUAUGGAUGAAUCAAAUUAUCAUCCCAUAAUGAUACCGGAAUAUGAGACUGAUAUUUCUUUAGUAAAUGGAGAAACACGACAUAUUGUUUUUUCCAAGCAGUUGGGAGGAAAUAUCAGGAAAACUUACAAUAUUAAAUGCAAUCCAGGAUAUGUCCUGGGACUCCAACUUCUAAAUCCGAUACAUAACUUUUCUACAGAAAGUAUUUGUAUUUACGAUUCUCAAAAUAUUAACGUAGGAAGCACUGUUUGGUGUCUCGAUCGAGAUUUAUCAACUUUUCCGACAACAAGUAACACUUUUGGCGUAGUGUUGAAAUAUGAAAGUGGAGAGAAUGCAUUGGGAGGUGUUGUAUUAGUUAUUAGCACAAUAUUAGCACCAGUCCAAAAUAUACGAAACAGAAUAAUAAAAGGACCCGUACCCACUCUUCAAGUAGUUAACUCUAAAAUAAAAGGUAAUACGAAAGGAAUAAAAGCUUUAUAUUACAAUCGAUAUUUGAAUGAGCUCGGUGACCACUUUUUACGAAAGGCAAAUGAAACUAUUAAAAUAAUAAAUUGUGAGAUUGCCUACAACGUUGAAGAAGCUGUUUAUGUGAACACGCCUUUUUGGGAUAUUCAUGACAGUAACAUUACAGAAAUUACUAUCAUGAUAAACAGUAGUCUGAUAACGGAUAAUGGGGCUGGAAUUUACCACUUUGCCAGAGAUUUGAGGAGUUCAAACAAUCUCUAUCAUUAUGUUCUUCAAGAUAAUACCAUCGAGCGAAAUAAACGUGGAGGCUUCGAUGUGAAUUUACCAUAUGUUUGGCAAUAUAACGAAAACUUUACACAUUCUGUAUUUAUGCAAAAUAAUACUUUGCGUAAUAAUAAAAAUUUCGGGUUGGUGAUCGAUGGACAUUUUGCUGAAGUGAACAUGACGAAGAAUAUAUUUACUGAAAACAAUUGCAAAACCGGCUUGAUUUCUAUACGUGGUAUGGAAAAGAAAAUGAAAAUUGACGGAAACCUAAUAGAAAGAAAUAACGGACAGUUCAUGGUACAGUUCUACAUGGACAGUCAAAGCGAAAUCAUGGGAUUCGUGUAUGCUGUUUUUGUUCUUAAUCAAGUCAGAAAUAAUAAAUACUUGAAUCCAAUUAGUCGUGGUGCACUCAUUAAAAGUUUAGACCCUACCUAUGUAAUUGGAUUUAAAGGUAUACAAAAGGUCAAAGUAAGUCGGAAUUUGUUUGGAAACAACGACAUCCAAUACACUUUACUUGCUGGAAUAAAAACUGCCAAGAUCAAUAAUCUGCUAGACGUGACGGAAAAUUGGUGGGGAAGUUCUGAUGAGAAAGAAAUCAGAAAACAAAUAUUUGACUUUGACGAUUGGAAUAAUCAUGCUGUUGCUACAUAUUUGCCUUAUUUACUGGAAGAAAGUUUCGACUCGAGUGUUUCAGUUACCUUUACAUCUGAAAAAGCAGUUGACACAAAUGAGCUUGGUGGUCGGCUAACUACUGAUCUUAUAUUAGACGCUCGAGUAGAACCUUACGUCAUAAAAUCAGAUAUCACUAUAAUGCCAGAUGCGACCCUUACAAUCAAUCCUGGUGUCAUAUUAGAAUUUGCUCCAAAUGUUGGAAUUCUAGUUUUGGGCACGCUUAACGCAGUAGGUCAUAGCCAGAUGCCCAUAUUUAUGAAACCGCUGCUUACGAGCACUAAUAUGGAAAGUUAUAGAUUAGAAAGAAGACAUAUAAAUCAAUACUCGCCAAGUCAUCGCGUAAUCAGGCGUCAAAUUGAAACAUUAUCGGCCCAAGAAUCAAUAAGAUUAUGUACAGGUAGAAACUGUACUAAUACUGAUUACAGCACGAACAGAAUGAACGAAGGAUUUCUAGAAUACUAUAAUAGAACCACUUUGCAAUGGGUGCCUAUGUGUGACAAUCGAUUUACCGAAAGAAACGCACAAGUUGUUUGCAGAGAGCUCGGCUUUGACCCGAUAAAUGUAUUCUUUGCGCACGAUCGUCGCGUGGAAUAUCAUAGUAAUUCUUUGUCACGCAUCUGGUCGUGGCCGGAGCCAUUGCAGUGUGUCGGUACUGAAAAUCGUUACGAAGACUGUCCCAUAAGACUGAACGGUCAAUUAUACGGCCAUCGCCACGAAUGUAAAUGGGAUUCUGAAUUUGUAUUCAUUCAUUGUGGUACAAGAAAUUUAGACGAUAACGUAGAGUACUGGGGAGGUAUCAGAUUCGCAUAUCCAGAGUUCGAAAAUGCACUCUACGAGCACAGAAUCCAUGACCAUACUACACACGAAACUCUUAAGAAAGUUGAAAGCACAUUACAGCAUAUACACAUAAUGGGCGCUGGCAUACUGCACAGCGAAAAAUCUCCGGCGAUUCAGAGCGUAGUGAAAAACCCGUCAAUUCAAAAUGUUAACAUUAGCCACUGCGCAUUCCACGGCAUCAAUUUGAUCUCACCAACCGACACCAUGAAUAUGAUGUUCAACUCGAUCAAAAAUGUUCUUGGAGAAGGAGUAAGUGCGAUAUCUUUGAAUGGUGAAGGAAGAGAGUCAGAGGAGUCCAGUUUCACGCCGUUAAAAGAUUUGAACCUUCCAUACCACAUAUUUUCUCUAAUUGAUAUCUGUGAUAGCACCAAAGUAAUAACUGUGGAGGAGCGCGUUAUCCUUUACUACAAGUACGAUAACAAUCCAGUAAAUUGCGUUAAAAUAUUCAAGAGCAUGUUUAGAGUGAAGCCCUUCGGCUUCAGACUUCUUCAGUUCAAUUUAUUCAAUCAUACGACUAACUAUGGUAACAGAGACUCGCUUAGUCUUUACGAUGGUGAUAUUUACAAUAUCACAGCACCAAUGAUUGGUUAUUUAGAAAAUGGAUCUCCGGAUGAGAAGAAACUCUUCAAAACCGAUGGUGCUAGCUUGAGUGUAAAGCUGUUCGCCAAUGGAGCCUCCUCAUUACAUGGAUUUAUUGCUGAAAUUGUCACUUUACCUAUAUCUUCAAUUGGAUUAAGUCGUGAUGUACAGCACAAUAUAUCAAACAGCGAGUUCAUCAACAACCGUGACGGUGCUAUCGUGUACCAAUCAGUGGGGGAAGUCAACCCGCUGGUCGCUAUCACCAGGAACGAAAUUAGCAACAACUGUCUCAAGCUGUACGGCAAUUUCACCACCUGCCAAGCCUCUGUGAGAGUUGAUGUGCAGAAUACCCAGACCUUGGUGUUUAGGAAUAAUCUAGUUCGCAACAAUGUCGGCGGCCUGCUGUUGAGAGCUGACUCUAGAAGUACGGCCACAUCGCUUCGUGGUUGGAUACACAAUAACUUGUUCUACGACAAUCAUGACCAGCCGUGUCUGAAAGUUGAGGGUCGUCAGUCCUCACCGUACCAAGAGGUGACGAUAUACAGGAACUACUUCACACGAAACAGGGUGCAGUACAAGGACGUGAUAGUCCUGCGACAGGUCGUGUCCAACUUCACACACAACUACGUCCACGAUAAUACCGGACAGAGGAUAUUGGAGGUGUCGGGCUUCGAUAAAGUCCGCCUGCCUAUUUAUCAAACGACCUCGCAUAAUGGAUUUUACAAAAACUACGCCAUCUGUCGCGAAGGGCGCGCCACUGUGGCCGCGGGCACGGCGGGCCAGCACUACGUCGACAACGUAUUCUUUAACCCCGACAAUGACUACGAAAUGAUCACCGUCAACAGAUCUAUCUUUGUCGAUUUUAACCCCAAUGCUAUGAGCUCCCUCGACCUCUGGCGUACCCGUAUAGACGCGAAGCACAACUAUUGGAGUUACAACGAGAGUUUGGCCGUGGCGGGCCGCAUUCGGGACCGCUCGGACGAGCCUCAGCUACUCGAAGUGGACUAUCAGCCGUACUAUAUGAAUAACCAGACGGUGUUGGGAGGAGGGAAAUGCCCGCCUGGCUGGGAUGUGGUCGCCGAUACGUGUUAUAUGUACGUCGGCGCGCCGAUGACGUAUGAGGAGGCGAGGAUGUUUUGCUUGUCUGACAACGCCUCAAUGCCGUACGUGAGCGGCAACUACGAGGCGCUAUACGAGUUCCUGCGACGCCAGAACCAGUGGCUCGUGUACGGCGAGCGAGUGUGGGUGAACCACAUCGACUACGUCACCCGCUGUACUUCCUUCGCCUUCUCCACGGUCGAUAUAACCGAUUGUAACCAGAAGAACGCGUUUAUAUGUGAAAUUGACCCGAAAAUCUCCAUAUCUCCAAUGUCAUGGCGCGCGGACUCCCUCGCCGUGGCGUUUGUGGGCAUCCUGGCCGCGGCACUAGUACUGGUCGGCGCCGCGCUCCUGUGCUGGUACUCCAAGUCCAAACACAGACACCUACAGCGGCUAGAGCGGCGCAACUCGAUCCGUCAGUCGUUACACAGCGUACGAUCUAUCGGGUCUAUUAAUGGGGCCUACCCCGACGCCUCUUACAGAAGGAAGAUCGCCCAAAUGAGUUCACGAUCAACCGAAACUCUGACCAAGGGCUCGGAUUACAAGAAGAUGCUCGCGUCGACCAUGUCAAUGGAAUCAAUGGAGAAGAGCCAAUUCAACUCCUCCGUGGAAGAUAACCAGAGCUUCGAUAUAUACGAGGCUCACAACCCCAACUUCAAGCAUUCCACCUUCCAGAAACCUUCGGAGUACAGUGUGCCUAUGGCGUAUAGGAACGAAGGGUACAGAGAGAAUCCAGCAUCAAAAACCCCCGAUGGAAUGAAUCAUUCUGGAAUGAAUGGGCACUCCGCGGCACCCUCUGUGACCACAGUCGCUACUGAGGAGUUGCCCAUCAUUCAUCAUCCGGGGGGCUUGGCUGAUGACAGUCCGAAUGAUUACUUCUCAUCUGAUACGCUACCGCUGCAUGAAAAGCCACAGACCCAGAAGCAGAGUGAUCCGCCUCAGCUGUCGUUCCUGUUGGAGUUGAAGUCGCGGCUUCCGGACCCCCCCACGCAUUCUACGUUUGGACGUCCUGCAGAUCAACACCAGUACUACGACGACAGCAGUCCCCAGCCGUACAUGGACGACUCUCGUGACACGUACUCCUCCCCACUUCCUCACUCCCUGCAGGAUUACCCCUCCCCACUUCCCGACUCCCCGCAGGAAUACCCCUCCCCUCUACCGCAGGAGUACGACUACCCACAUAGAUCCCGGUCAGAGGCCAUACUAGAGACAAACUUCGACUUCCAAGACGAAGAUAUGCCACAAAUGACGGAAGCGAACAGAUCGCAUAGUCAACCGCUUGAGACGGCUAUGUGAACGAACCUCAAGAAUAAGUGUGUCUUAAUUUUCCAAGUGAUUGUGCAAGUUUGAAUUUCGAAUGUGACAGUUGACACUUGACAGUUUCCGAAAAGUGUUGCCAUCAUUAGUAAAAUUCCCUAAGUGUAAUAAAUGGGGUACUUUAUCAAAACCUUUUCGUAUCUAUGUAAAAUGUGCCUCUAUACUAAGUAACAGCAUAGUUACAAUGUAUGUAACAAGAUCUACCGUCCUUGUAACGCCUUAAAAUAUUAUAUUUGUUACAUUACACCUUUCAAAGUUUACGUUAUAUUUAUAACCGUUAUGUAAGAGUAGCUAAUUUAGGGUAGUUAUAAAAAAUUAAGACUGAAAACGUCUUCUUGUUAGAAUACAUUAUCGAUUUAUCGUAAUUCUUUUUGUAUUUUCAUUAUGCUACCUCUGCAAAUGUAUUUGACUUUUUAAGCUCUGUGCUAUCUUUUCUUUAUGUAGGUAAAGAUUGACGAUCUCAUAAUAUUAUGAAAUAAUGAUUAAAUUUUCUAAUACUGCUUCUACAAAAUACGUCUGUAACGGCUUUUAUAAUAACCUAAGUAUUCGUAAUUAGCUGACAUCAAUAGGUGAUGUAUUAAAUGUUUAUUGAUAAUAUUAUGCUUUAUUUAGCUAAGUAAAAUUGCUAUGCACUUCAAUUAUUGUUGUAUUUAAACAAAUUCUCUUACUCAACAGAACUUACACAUUUGGUAUGUUUUAUCCAUGCCUGACAAGUGAAUUUUAUUAGUUCUUGUUUAGUUGGAUUUAAGUGAAUCUUAUCCAAAUAAACAAGGACAAAACAUUGUAUACUAGCGUAUGCAUAGCAUAUUUUUUAAAGGUGGUCAUAAUUUAGCAUAUUUUGAACUAUUUUGUAAUUGCAAUUGUGAUUUCUGGCGAUCCUAGAUUAAUCUGUUAUCAAUCAUAACUUUAGUCAAGUCACAAGUGUAAAGUGUACUGUGUCCGUCCGUAGUUUUAAUAGAUUAUUAUUUUUAUUUUAUAGUUCUAGUAUAUUUUUCUAUGGCCAAUCUAAUGAAUUUGAUAAAGCUAUUUAUUUCUCUCUUAUGUAUUUAUAUUAUAUAUAAUUAUGUAUACUAUUUAAAAUAGUACGACUAUUAUAUUGUGAACAAGCAAUAUUCCAAACAUUUACUUUAUAACUUAUUUCUAAUUAGCAUUAAAAAAUUUAAUCUUUUUGUACAGACUAUGUAAAAUUUAAUAAUGCUUUAAUCAGUAAUCGUACAAAACUAUAAUUGAUAUUGGAACCGAAAUUAGAUCAAUAUCACAAAUAAAUAAAACUAUUUUUAAAC